CACACAGACACACACACAGACACACACACAGACACACACACAUCCACUCACAAGGGUCUGAAUAAAAACGCGCGUACUUUUGUUUGUGUGUGCGCGUCUGUGUGUUUAUGUGUCGGUAUAUAAUUAAUAUGGACCUUUCAACCCAGGAACGUGAUUUUCACAAUAACUCUGUAACCUGCUGUUUAAUUGAUUCGCCUUCAAGUUAAAGGACUCGUCUGUCCUGCCCCGUGUUUGAGUGACGUGUGCUGACAACAAGCGACUAUUGUAGAACACGAGGCAGAUGUGGUUAUCAAUCAGCUUAUCAAAAAUAUUAUUAAAGGAAAAAAUGAACAAUGAAAACAAUGACAAUAACUGUUCUGAAACAUUCCAAUGGAUUAAAACAUAACUGGGUUUUUUAGUUGUUUUUUAUUUUUCGUUUUUUAGAUAUUGAAAGAAGACAUUGAAACAGAAUGAGCGUCUUAUCUGUGUUGUUGCUAAUUGAUUAGACGUUCCCGAUUUCCCACUGAACAAAUUCUCAAAAACCGUCGUCAUGGACACCGCAAAGGGACUCUGAACCUCGAACCUGUACAGGUGUUAAAAAAUUCAGCUUUAACAUUUGUCGCAGUCUGGCGAUUGUCCCCAUGAGGAAGAUCACAAUAACGUCGUCCAAAAUGCCUUACCGGAAAAAAUCUGAAAUUCCCAAGGCAUGGAGUAUGGAGACGCUCCCACCCCCUGGCAUGGUGACGUCACGGCCACUACGGAAAAAGGGUUUAUUUCAUACCCAGACCUGUAUGGAAGGCAGUUGGCAGGUUCUCGCCGCUCAGACACUAAAGAUCGCAAGCAUAAACGGACUGGGGGAGUUAGACAAGCUCGAAAAUGAACUGGAGGAUGAGAUCCGGUAUGAGAACCGGUCCCCUUCCAAGACAGCCGUUGGCAGACUUCGUCGCCAAGGGCAGCAUCAACUUCACAGCAAAGUCGUCCUCCUCAUCGUCGUUGUGCUCAACGUCAUCGACUGCCUGCUCGUCAUGGCAGAGCUCACACUGGACUUCCAUCACGUCUCCCACCGUCUUCAAAACAAGUUGGACAUGCUCGAAUCGUUCAUUUACAACAUGAUAACAAAGCAUGCGCCCGUUCUCGACAACAUUCCUCGUAGUCCCAGAAAAUCCAACGUGCUGCUGCAGAAAAUUCUAGACGCCAAUGUCGUUUGGGACACGUCACAACCAAACGUCACGAACUUUGCGUCGAACUGCGCACAUCUUCUCAAAUCUACUGCUGAAAAUGCCAGCCAAUCGCUGACAGGUUAUAUGUCGAAUAUGCUCAAUAAUUCUGAUUGGUCAGAACCCAACGCGUGCUUCCAACCAUAUAUGGCUGCCCAAAACACGACUGUCAAUAGCGCUGCAGCAAAUCAGAAGUAUAUGCUGAGCACGGAUGGACAGACCAAUGAGAAGCUGACAAUAGUGGCCCACAAACUUCACUAUAUCAGCAUAUCUAUCCUCUCAGUGCUUGUGGUUAUACUGCUGCUCAAGAUGAUAUGCUCAGGAAAACGAUUCUUCAGGAGUAGAAUGCAGGUGUUCGACGGUAUCGUUAUCAUCAUCUCAUUCAUCUUAGACCUGGUGUUUAUUGAAGGGGUGACCAUCUUGAAAAUGGACGAUUUUGUCCUCAUCCUCACGUUUCUCCUGCCUUGGCGAAUUCUUCGAGUCCUCAACAGUCUUAUUGUGGCAGUGCUGGACAAACAGAGGCUGAACCUAAAGAUCAUCUACACUCAGAAGAAGAAAAUCUCUAGGAAUUUAUCCGAGGUCAACAACAAAAUGGAAGUCAUGCAGGAGAACUCAGUACGGCGUCCGCCAAGAGUGGCAGCUCUCAGAAGAACGGCAGCAGCGGCGGACUGGCUGGGAUGAUGGCGCUAGGGAAGCUGGCCUUCCAGGCUGCCGACGCCUUCGCGCCCAUAACUCAAGGCUCCAGGAAAAGCCACACGCCCAAAACAACAAAACAAAAUAAGCCCGCCCUCAAUGGCUCCGCCCCCAACCUCCUCACGCCCACUGAGGAGGACCCGCCCACUCCACCUCACCUUGCGCACAGCAUGAGUCAACCGCAGGGAGAAAGUAAUACUACUAGUAGUAAUAGUCAUGUGAACACUGUGGCAGCGGAUAUUGAGGAUACGAGUCGCCCGUCCUUCACUUUACAUAACGAAACAGGUUCUGCAGAGGGUACUGAAAGCGGGAUAGGAGGGAGUGUGGGUGGUGGUAUCGAUGGGAGCGGUGUCGAUGACAAAACUGCCGACAAGGAGAACACACCUCCAACUCCAACCCCCAUCCCCACCCACGACACAUAUCUGGACAUUGAGAGCCAGCCAAACGCGAACACGGGGUUGGAAACGUCUGACUCCUCAACUGGCGUGAACACGAACGUCGCUACAACUACAACCAGCCCAGAUUCGGUAACCGUGCAAAUAGCUAACGGAUCGGGGCCUCCAAUGGAUCUGGACUCCAACAGCAACGAAGAGAGGAAGACUAGCGUCAGCCUUCCUGACUUCAGCGAUGAUAUUCACUUGGAAGACAGCGACGUCGUUUCCAGGCUUUGAGCAUGUUGCUAACAGAACUGUUUAGUCUUUCCGAUUGAUUUAAAAUGUAACCCGAAACCUCCCAUUCCACCUGUUCUACAUUCUGAAUGUUCACGUUUUUAUAAUACAUCGUGUACAAAUGUGGUUGUGUGCGUGAAGAAAGGUCUCAGUUGUAGGUUGUUGUUUUUUUUAAUAUAGAAAUAAGGGCACAUUAUUGUAGCAAAUACAAUGCUGAACAUACUGAAUUUAAAUUGUUCAAAUAUUCUGAGUAUUUUUCAAUUUAUACUACAUUUUGUAACACAUGGUGUGAAAACAAAGUUUGCAGAAGAAUCCAAUUUCCUGCCGAUUGUUAACUUUUGGUGAAGUACAACAUGCUGCACAAAAUAACAUAAAAAUAUUUAGACUUAAAAUCAAAUAAGAUCCUUUUAAUAUGUUAUUAAGAAAUGGUUAAACGUGUGUUUUCUGGUGGAACUAUUUUUUCAAAACUUUUGUUGGCCUUUUCGCUCCAUUGCUCAAAAAAAGUUGGUCGACAAUUGGGAUCUUUCUUCAGGCACACACACAAAUGAUUAUUAUAUUAGCCCGAAAACAGACAUGCAAUGGCUGGAGGUGCCAAUGAUAGGUUUCAUUACUCUCCUGGUUCCUACUUAUGUGUACCGUAGGUUCUGUCUGUCGUUGUUUGAUCACUGAACAGCUGACAAGACAGAGAAGAAUCGUAGAGUUGGUGUCUCCUAAUCUCCCCCUCCCUCCACCCCCA